ACUUAUAUAUUCAAAAAUGAUAAAACAAUAUAAAAAUAAUUAUAUAUUCAAAAAUGUAAAAGUAUAUAAAUUGUAAUAAAUUAUAGUUUUAGACAUAUAAUUUGGAUUUAAAGUACAAUAUAUAUUUGGUAAGUAUAACUAUUUUCUUUUCUAAUUUUUUAUCACAUGAAUUUUAAAAAUCACAUGGAUACAUAUGAAUAUGAUAUUUUAAAAGCUGAGUCUUAUGAGCAAAAAUAGAUAGAAUUCAUCUUCUAAUAACACUAAAUUUAAUUAAAAUUAUAGAAUCAAUGAUAGCUAAACUUUUUGAAUAACAACGGAUCUGAAUGAAUUUUGAAAAUUCUUAAACCAAUAAUAAUGAAUUCUAUUAAGAUUUUUGAAAUACAAAAACCAAUAGCAAUAGAAUCUCAAAUAUUUUAAAGUUCAUGAAAGUUAACUUACUAAUAACCCCUAACUUAUCAAACGAUAAUACUCUGAAUUUGCAAUCUGACAUGCCAAGCAUCGUUGAAUUUAUUUAGUUGAACGGAUAAUAUGUUCCGUUAAUAUUAUAACAAAGUUUCUUUGUCAAAACAAACAUGAAUAGAUACUAUUGCACCAUUGACAAUUUUUAUAGUACCGGGAUUAUAACCAAUAUGAUACGAUUUUUGGGUGCUAAAUAAAGCAAAAAAAAAAUAACCAUACCAUUAUUCUUGAUGACUAUCGCAUAGAUCUUUAUUAACUUUUUGUUCAUUUUAAACCGCAAGGUAUUUUUAGACUAGUAGCUUUUGUCUUGAAUCCAUCUUACAAUAGUAUAGGGUUCAAGUUGACCCAAAACAUAUUUUCUGUCCCAAAAGUGAAUUCAUUUCAAGCCAAAUAGGUCAAACUAAAAAGGUUCUCAUACUAAGGACAUGUUAAGGUGAGCUGUUUCAGCUUCAAGUACGAAGAAAACAUACACAUUCAAACAGCUCACCUUAGAAGUAUAAAAAAACAUAAACGUUCAAUAUGAAGACGUUCAACCCGGCACAACGAUUCCAAAAUAACAUAACCAGUCGAUCUAAAGCCGAUUCAGAUCCCAAUUAUAAAUGGAUUCCAAAAUAUUAACCCCAUAUGACGGGUAUACCUGUAAAAAUCUUGAGGCAUAAAUGGAUCCAAAAAUAAUAUAUAACCCCAUAUAACUUAUUCAUUCAUUUGUGCUACAUAUAUACAUCAACCUCAAUAAUUUACAUCAGUUGAGAUAUAAAAAUGGUCGUCGGUGUUAUAUUCUGAGAGUUUACUCAUAUAUAAUUGGUGUGUAUGUACGAGAUAUACGGUAUACUUACUUAUGUUCUCAGGAGCCAGGUAAAAGUAAAACUCGACCAAGAAGCUUUUGGUCAACUUUACGUCGACAGAAAGAUGACUAAUGAUAGCGAUGGGAGAGAAAUACCUAUUAGACAUUUAGACCUGAUUACAAAGAAGUCGAAUGGAUAUUUAUUUGUUUUCUUCUUUAGUUAGAUGCCAACCCUAGCGUUCAGAUAAUGUUUUCUAUAUAAAGAAAGAAUAAAUAAUUCCCGCGCAGUCAGGGGGUAUUAUCAGUGUUUCUCUAGACUGGAGGCUAUAUAAAGAACCCUAGUAAAGGCCAUAUACUCCAUCUCUCUCACUCCCAUAUAAUUACAAAAUUUGUCAAAACAAAAAUAGUAUGGGAACAAACGAUACAACAUGUCCAGGACCAAUGAAAGCAACCUCUAAUGGAGUCUUUCAGGGAGAGAAUCCUAUGCAUUACGCGUUGCCUCUUCUGAUACUUCAGAUCUGCAUCGUUCUUUUUCUUACUCGUGCUCUUGCUUUCCUCCUCCGUCCUCUCCGGCAACCACGUGUCAUCGCCGAGAUAGUGGGUGGAAUAUUACUUGGACCAUCAGCUCUUGGGAAGAGCUCAAAGUUUCUCAGCACUGUUUUUCCAGCAAAGAGUCUAACGGUGUUAGACACACUUGCAAACCUAGGACUCCUCUUCUUCCUCUUCCUCGUUGGUCUCGAGCUUGAUCCCAAAUCCCUCAAGCGGACAGGAAAGAAAGCUCUCUCCAUCGCUCUAGCCGGAAUCACUCUCCCUUUCAUCUUCGGCAUCGGAACUUCGUUUGCUCUCCGUAGCUCCAUUGCCGAUGGUGUUAGCAAAGCUCCUUUCCUUGUCUUCAUGGGCGUUGCUCUCUCCAUCACAGCUUUCCCCGUUUUGGCUCGUAUUCUCGCUGAGAUCAAGCUUCUUACAACUGAUAUUGGAAAGAUUGCUUUGUCUGCCGCUGCGGUUAAUGACGUGGCAGCUUGGAUCCUACUUGCUCUAGCGGUGGCUCUCUCCGGCGACGGGAGCUCUCCUUUAACAUCUCUAUGGGUGUUUCUUGCCGGUUGCGGUUUUGUCCUGUUCUGUAUCUUUGCCGUGCAGCCAGGGAUGCAGUGGCUUGCGAAACGUUGUCCUGAAGGGGAACCGGUUAAAGAACAUUACGUGUGUCUCACGUUAGGUGUUGUUCUUGCUGCUAGCUUCGUGACGGACCUUAUUGGGAUUCACGCGCUGUUCGGUGCGUUUGUGAUCGGUGUUAUCUUCCCUAAAGAAGGUCAUUUCGCGAGUUCUUUGGUUGAGAAAGUUGAGGAUCUCGUGUCAGGCCUUUUCUUGCCGCUUUACUUCGUCUCAAGCGGUUUGAAGACUGAUGUUGCGACCAUACAAGGAGCUCAGUCUUGGGGACUGUUGGUUUUGGUUAUAUUCAAUGCUUGUUUUGGUAAGAUCGUCGGCACGGUGGUGGUUUCCCUUUACUGCAAAGUUCCCCUUGACGAGUCAUUAGCACUAGGUUUCUUGAUGAACACGAAAGGUCUUGUUGAGCUCAUUGUCCUCAACAUUGGUAGAGACAGAGGGGUUUUGAACGAUCAAGUUUUUGCUAUAAUGGUUCUAAUGGCUAUAGUCACCACGUUCAUGACGACUCCUCUAGUUUUAGCAGUUUAUAAACCGGGCAAAUCCUUAACCAAAGGGGAGUACAAUAACCGAACGGUCGAGGACACAAACCAGUCCAACAAACCGCUUUGUCUUAUGUUCUGUUUCCAGAGUAUAAUGAACAUUCCCACAAUAGUCAACCUCAUAGAAGCAUCACGAGGCACGAACCGUAAAGAAAGUCUAUCAGUCUACGCCAUGCAUCUCAUGGAGCUCUCGGAGAGAUCAUCAGCUAUACUAAUGGCACAUAAGGUCAGAAGAAACGGUCUCCCUUUCUGGAACAAGGACAAAACCGGGAACUCUUCCGACAUGGUGGUGGUCGCAUUCGAGGCUUUCCAGAGACUCAGCCGUGUCUCAGUGCGUCCAAUGACAGCAAUCUCAGCUAUGGCGACUAUACAUGAAGAUAUAUGCCGAAGCGCUGAAAGCAAACGCACCGCUAUGGUGAUUCUUCCGUUUCAUAAGCACGUUAGGCUUGACAGAACGUGGGAGACGACAAGGAACGACUACCGUUUGAUUAACAAGAAGGUUAUGGAGGAAGCUCCAUGUUCUGUCGCGAUUCUUGUUGAUCGUGGCCUUGGUGGUACGACACGAGUCGCGUCCAGUGAUUUCACGUUGGUGAUAACGGUUUUGUUUUUUGGAGGGAAUGAUGAUCGCGAGGCGUUAGCGUUUGCGGUUCGUAUGGCGGAACAUCCUGGUAUUAGCCUAACCGUGAUUCGGUUUAUUCCUAGUGAAGAAUUUAAACCGGAAAAUGUGAAGCUGGAGAUAACCGAAGAUCAAGCCGGUUCAUGUUCAGGAGAAACUAAGUUGACUGAUAUAGAAGCUAUAGCCGAACUUAAAGCAAAGGUUAAAGAACAAGAAAGCUCUCGUUCUGAUUCAGACAUCGAAUCUAAGAUCAUUUACGAAGAUAAAAUCGUGAGAUGCCACGAUGAAAUUUGCGAGGUUAUAAAAGAAUAUUCAAGAAGCAAUCUUUUCUUGGUGGGGAAGUCACCGGAAGGUUCGGUGGCGUCGGGGUUAAACGUGGGAAGAAGCGACACGCCGGAGCUUGGGCCUGUCGGGAAUUUGUUAACUUCAAGUGAAAGUGUUUCCACGUCAGCGUCGGUGUUGGUGGUGCAACAAUAUGUAGCAAGUUGUGAUUCUCCGGCGGUGGGAGUUCUGAAGAGCACCACGAAAGGAGUGUUGCCGGUUGAGGAUUCCAAGAGUCCUUAAGGGAUUAUCUUUGUGAUUCCAAGAUUUGAAAGGUCAAAAGAAUUGGCUUGUGUAAUAACAUCUGUUUCAUAAUGUAAAAUAUUAAAUGUGAAUGUAUGAUUUCUGUGUUAAAAAAUUCAUUUGAUCUC